GCAAGAACAUGGAUUUUGAUGAUACCAGAGGUGAUUCCCAAGAGCAGAAUUUAAAAUCGAAGGGUGUAGACAAGAUGCAAAUUCCCAGUGAUUUAACCAUCUCCAAAGAACAAGAAACAGAGACUGAGGUUUAUCGCAAUAGUGGAAAAUCUUCUGUAGACAGUGGCGUUGAAGAAGUAUGCAAAAGAAGUCGGGAUCCUCUUGAAGAUGAAGAAACACCUGAGUGUAAAAAGAAAAUGUGGCAUAAACUAUGGGAUCCAAUUGAAAUUCCUCCCAACCUAUCUAAAAGGCAGAGGAAAAAAGUACAUAAGAAAAGUGCUGUGGGAGACAAAAUGGAAACCGCAAAGAAGGGCAAAAGAAAGAGAAAAACUUAAACAAAAAAAGAAGGAAGCACGACUCAAAAAUGAAUCUUUGGGUCCAUCAAGAAAAAUGUUGAAGCAGUCUACAAUGGCACUAAGCAGCUGUAAAUUGAGAAUUGCAUUGGAUUUUUCUUUUGAUGACCUAAUGUCAGAAAAGGAUAUAGGUAAGUGUUUGAAGCAGCUAAAUCAUUGUUAUUGUAUGAAUCGAAGAGCACUAAAUCCUCUUCAGUUAUAUGUUACAAACUUCUGUGGGAAAUCUAAAGAAGAAAUGGCCCGUAGUACUGGCUACCAAAACUGGGAUGUUUAUUUUCAUGAAGAGAAUCAUAUAAAUAUUUUUGACAAGAAGGACUUGGUUUAUUUAACAAGUGAUUCCGAAAAUGUUUUGUCAAAGCUUGAUGAAACAAAAGUAUAUGUUAUUGGUGCUUUGGUGGAUCAUAACCAACACAAGGGUAGGACAUUGAGUGUGGCUAAUGAGCAAGAAAUCUCUCAUGCACAAUUACCCAUCAGGGAGUUCUUGGAGAUGACCACUCGCCAAGUGCUCACUAUAGACCAUGUUUUUGAAAUACUUAUCCUUGUUUCUGAAGGAGUCUCUUGGAAGGAAGCUUUUCUUAAAGUUAUUCCCCAGAGGAAGGGAGCUGUGGAAAGAACUGCAUAGUUUCUUCAAAAACAGCAGACACAUAAUAAAAAUUGGAAUCCUCCACAGCAGAAGAGGAGGAUGUGUUACUCCUUAUCAUGACGAAGUUACCCUUAGAAACAUCUAUAAUUUUGAGAUAUUUGUACUCUAGGGCUGAUCUGAAAAUCUGACAUGGUGAAAUGGACAGAUUGUAUGGACUAUUUGGAGUACUUAAUGAAGACCUCUUUGAAACAAAGGAAAUAGUGAUGUCAUCAGUUCCAGUUAUUUGGUUCUGCUUCAGUUCUGUAGUCUGUGUAAUCUAUUGGCACUUUAAUAUGUACAUAUCUAUUGGGUUACAUAUGUAUCCAAAUUACCGUAAUUCUAUCAAACUUGAUUGUUGAAUUUUAGCUCUAGUUCACUUUCCUUUUAUUGCAAUGUCUGGUAUCUGGCACUAUUUCAGACUUGACUCUUGGAACCUGGAGUCAUGUUCGUCUAAAGAGCCGAGGAAAGUUGGUGUCGAAGAAACUCAAAACAAACCUUUACAUCGUUUCUCUUGGUAUCAUCAGGUGUACUGAAUCAGAAUCAGAUUUUAUUCACCAUUAAAUAAUAUCUCUAUUACAAUAGGUUUUAUCAUUGGUACAUAAAACUACUAAUGAUAAAACUGUCAUGUCAAUGACAUGAUGAUUUACUGUGUCAUGUAAAUUCCUAAAUAAAUAAAGGUUUUUUUGAACUUGAACAUAAAAGUACUAAAACUAGUUUAAAAUAUCUAAACAAUCAGAAUUUAAAAAUCCAUCAGUAGUGUACAAGGCUUUAGAAAUAAGCCACUUAGAAAUAAUAAUUUUGAACUUAUUAAUGGGCUGUUUCCUAACUAACAUUAUUAACUUAUUAAACAUCUUAAACUGUUGGUAGCUAAAGCUCUUAUGGCUUUUAUCAAGUCAUAUUCUAGGCAAGACCAAGUUAGACUUAUACCUAGUGUCAUAUUCAUGUAUUGAACUCUGACUGUCAAAUUUAAUUAUAUUUUCUCUAAUAUAAAUUAAAUUGUUAUAAAUAUAUAGAGAAGCAAGGGUAUAAUAUUCAAGUUUGUGAAACUGACUCGACAAGAAUCACUAUAACCAAGUCGAGCUAUAAUUCUUACUGCCUUUUUCUGCCAUAGAAAGACUUUUUUGCAGUACUUGAACUAUCCCCAUAGUAUUAUUCCAUAAUUCAAAUGAGUAUUAAAAAGGCCAAAAUAUGUCAUUAACAGUACGUCUCGCCUUACAGUAGGUCUUAACUUACGCAACUGGUAGUUUAUUCUUGCUAAUUUCUUUUCAAAUAUUAUUUAUAUGUACAUCCCACUUUAAUGUGGUGUCAAUAUGUAUACCUAAAAGUUUAUACAAUUAUAAAAGGAAGGUGAACUGGAGAUAAAUUCAACAUUAAAAUUUAAUGAACCAUUCCUACCAUAGCUAGGUUAUGUGUAUAAAACUAUUAUAAAUGUACUGUAUACGAUAUGAGGUUGAGUGGUAGAGAGGGCUUGAUAGCUCUAACCCCGCCUCUUUAACCCUGGAGAGGGUGCGUCACUGAUCCACAUGUACUAGGUUGCGUGGUGUACAAAAGACCGCACUAUGUAAUUGCUGUCUUUAAAUCAAUAUAAUUGAUUAAAUACUGCUUUAUAUACAAUUCUUAUUGAUUAAAAGGCUUUGGGAAUAGAAUAAUUUUACUGAAAAUGUGUUCAACUGUAAAAAAUAUCAUUUAAUAUUUUUAUAUACUACAAAACAAAAUUGUUUUAAUAAAAGUCUUUAGUAUAAAUGAGGAGAUAUAACGUGUAGCUUUAAAUAAACAUUUCUACAAAACAAAAUAUGUAAUUUAAAAAGAAAGUAGACUAAAAAAAAAACACUUUUUUAACAAACAUAAAAACCUAAUAACUAACCGUAGGGUUUAAUAAUUGAAUACAAAAUCAAAAAUUUAAAAAAACGUACAAACUGCUACGGUAAACAAUUGUUCGCUCAAACUUUUUACUCUCUUCACUCAUCAUCAUCUGUAUCACUGACAUCCCCUUCUGCAGCGGCACAUGUAACACAAGCAAAGGAUGUGUGUUCCCGGCAGAUGAAGCGUUGACAUUGAGGGCACCUCGUGCGACUUUCGGUUUUUGGCUCUUGGACAAAGAACACACCUUCCAGUUUCCCUGAUCUUCUUCUACCACUGGACUGGUUGGCCACACAGUUGCUGGAUCCUUUUCCAUAGUAACACAGGCGAUUCCUGCCCUUUUUAUCAUUUGAGGGUUACAUAAAUCUUUUCCCAGAGAUUUGAUGAAGUUUCUUCUGUCACCUGCGUCCUCAACGUUACUCCUCAAUAUCACAAAACUGUUGAUGCCAGAUAUGUUCAGCAUGGAGAAGAACACAGUCAAUGGCCAUAGGUUGCUUUUUCUGGAAACAGAGUAGGCUGCUUUCAUUUGAUCCACAGUGUCAACCCCUCCUUUGCAUUUGUUGUAGCUGGUUAACAUAAUCGGUUUUUGUUUGUCACCAGUCUCCUCGUCUAUAGUGUCAUUAUGAUGAAAUGUUGAGAGAAGUAACACAACUUUAUUGGACCUAGGCACAUAUGACAGUAAUGUCAUGUCACUUUGGUAGGCAAACAAACUUGAGUUUACCUUCCUUAUUUUACUCUCUAUAAAACAUGGGGGUAUCUCACGUUUUUUUUUUUUUUUUUUCAAUGUGCAUACUGAAGUAAGACGGUGGUUUUGCAAAAGUUCUCUUGCCAGAGGUAUUGAUCCGUACCAGUUAUCCAUUGUCACAUGGCGUCCGGUCCCUGAAAUCGGAGCUAUCAACCGAAUAGCUACAUCUUUUGAUGAGUUGCUGUGCCUGUAUGGUCCUGGUGGUUGUCUCCAAAUUGGCAGUGUAAUAUGUCCUUGCAUCACACAGUCCAAAUAUCUUGAUGCCAUAACAAGCAGGCUUGUUUGGUAAGUACCGUCUAAACGAACAUUUACCACGAAAUGCCUCGAGCAUUUCAUCAACCGUUACAAAAGCACUCAGUGCAUAAUGUGCUUGGCAUUUAUUGACAAAUUCCUCAAAUACGUCACGUAUUGGUGCAAGAUUGUCUAGAGCUUUAUGCUGUCUUCUGGAUCUAAUGUCAUCAAAUCUUAAUGCUCUCAACAAAAACUUAAAGCGCUUCAAGGACAUGGCUGACCUAAAAUACUCAAUGCCAAGACCGUCUGUUGACCAUAAAUCUUCUAGUUUUGUGUGAGAAGACCUUAACAUUCCAGCCAGGUACAAAAGGCCAAGUACAGUGUGAAUUUCGUCACAGUCUGUUGACUUUGCGUCUCUCUCACUCUGAGAAAGUUUUGUCUAUUUUUUCAAUCCAAAUGUUUGUAAAAUUUACAAUUUUAUCCAAAAAUUCGUCAGAAAAAAAGAGUUUCCAACAUUCAAUAGGUGAAGUUUUUGUAUUGGCAUCACCUCUUGGAGAAGGUAAUCAUACGCCAAGUCUCUCACCUCGUAAAAUGUUGUAUCGCCGUACUCUGCCUCGUAAAUUCUCAGUGUUCAUAUGGGUAUCCCAUCUCGUUACGUUGUCCUUGCCAAGAAUAUAGUUCUCUCCUCUUCUUACAUGAUCUUGAACAUUGAAAUCUUCUUCAUGGUCUGCCAAGUCAUCAAGCGAAACUUCUGAAUUUGUGUCUGUAAUUCUCUUCAUCUUCCGAUUGUUCCGAUCCUUCUCUCUCAAUUGGAUUUUCAUCAAUUGUUUCUAUGGUAUUCAAUUGUUCAGCAUCCGGAAACAACUGUCUUUGUAAACGCUCUCUCUCUGCAUCUGCGGCACGAGCUUCUUCUAUUUCCUCCCUUUCCACACUUUGCAUCAAUUGCAGUAAAGAUCUUUCUUUGUCAUCCAUCACACACACACACAAUAUUACUCUAAUAUAAUAAAAUAACUUUUAAAAAUGAACACCGAUAUUGCAUAACCUAAUCAGUCACGUGGUGUACAAUAGUCCGCACAACAGUUCACACUAGAGGGCGCGUGGUGUACAAAAGACCGCACCACUUUGAAAUAGUUCUACACUGCCUUGUGUCCUUGACGAAACUGGCUGAGAACAAUGGUACGUGGGGAGGGAGAGGUGGGGAUAGAUGUGCUAGUGGGAGGAGAAUUGCGGGUUACGGGGUUUCUUUUAUAAACAAUAACGUUUCUCCUGCGGAAGUUUGUACACCACACGCCCUCUCCAGGGUUAAUAAAGGUAUUUUCAUUUCAUUUAAUAUUUAUAAAAUAACUAAGUAAGUGUAAAUUUACGUAACUGAAUUUUGUAAUAGCCUAUCCUGUAAUUGUAUAAAUUCUAUAAAAACAUGAAUAAAUUUAUUUUGAAUUUGAA